AUGGUUGGAUCGAACGGCGUCAGGAGAAUCGUGGUUUGCGUUGACGGAACAUGGUACAAUGAGGAUGGAAGAGAAGGCAAUGGCUAUGGAAACAACAGCAAUGUCUUCCGCAUCUACGCCUCGAUCAAGAGAGGGAAGACGACUGAUGGGCGAGGCAACAAGAUCACGCAGAUUGUAAGGUACUUUCAAGGUAUCGGUGUCGACAAGAAGCCCCUGGAUACAUGGAAUGACGGCAUCACUGGUGUGGGCUGUGGGGAGCAGAUCAGAGAAUUUUGCUGCAAAGAGAUGAAGUCCGAAGACGACGAAGUGUGGCUGUUUGGCUUUAGCCGCGGGGCUUAUGUCGUUCGAGCCGUUGCUGCCCUUCUUCAUAAGUACACAUUGAAAGCAGUCGACGGACUACCCGAUGGCACGGAUAAGUCCAAGUGGGACAACUUGAAGCGUCUUGCGGGACUGAAGCGGGACGAACGGCGUACGAUGGGCGGACAGGAAUACCGAUUCGCUCUGGAACAUACUCGACCGCCUCCGAAGAUCAAGUUCAUAGGUCUCUUUGAUACAGUUAGGAUGGUCAUCGCUCAGGACAAGUUCUACGAAACCGUAGGAAUCGAUGUGAGCUUUGCCCAACAUGUUCGACAUGCAGUCGCUCUCAACGAGGAGAGAAAGAUGUUCCCUCUGUUACCACUGAUCACAAACGAGAGGGCCAUGACUGGAAGAGAACAGGACUCACACUUACAAGCCUGGUUUGUUGGUGCGCACGCAGACAUGGGCGGUGGAGCCGAGCACGAUGGUCUGUCUCUCUACCCUCUUCAGUGGAUUCUCAUUGAGAGCCAAGGAAAGGGAUUGAUCCUGGAGCACAACCCCGAGGGUCGCCUCAAAGGUCUGAUCGAAAACCCUCUGAAGCUAGCGUUUCCAGACCCGCCGCCGCUUCUAUCGGUUGAGGGCGUUGAGGCAUACGUUCCCGACGUAGAUCCCGUUAAGGACGAGCCUUGGACGUUCAAGUACUCGAAUGGGAUCGAAAUCUCUAUGCAUGACCUUCGUGAAUCCCAUCGUCAUGGCAAUCUACAGAGAAUUCCAAUGCGAAAACUUCGAAAGCCAAAUAGCUCAGAACGGAGUUGGCAGCAGGUUGCAGGGAAAAAGCUUUUGCCCCCCCACUGGGUCAAUAUCAAUUCAGGUCUCCUCUCUGGCUUGAGGCUGGGGAAACGAGACAUCUUUGAAGCCGAUGACUUCGGAACGCUUCGGGGAUACAGUAGUUUUUCGCGCAACGGGACGGUCGUGCAUCCAUCGGUAUACUUUCUUUUGGACACCUAUCCGACUCUUGGAAUUCAGCAAGCUCUGAAGGGUUUGCGGGAUCAUCUGGACGACUACAGAGAAAAAGCUAGCUUGUCGCACUUCCGGAAUAAUGCGCAAGUGACACUGGACCCAUGGAUCAGAGAAGUUCUCCCAGAUUUCACAAGCUGUCGGAUCUUAAUUUGCGGCAAUGCGGGCGUCGGCAAGUCAACGCUACUGAAUCGUGUCUUUGGAAUAGAAAUGACCAAUGUCAAUCAUGCUGAGAGAGGCAAGCACGACAUUAAAGUGGGCUUUGAGUCGGAUCAGCAUCCUGGCAUCAUCAUUCACGACUCUGAAGGCUUUCAGACAGGCGACACUAAGGAGGUUGAUGAACUGAAGAAGUUCCUCAAGGCUAGGACUAAUAAUGUCAAGGUCGAAGACAACCUUCAUGCCAUAUGGCUUUGCAUCGACACAGACACCGAUCGUCCAGUACAAGCAGCCUUAGCAAAAGUCUUGGAAUUGGCUACGAAGUACAUGCCCUUGACUCCGAUCGUAAUCGUGGGAACCAAGAAGGAUAAGCAUCUCUUGCUAUGUCAGAAUCGAGCAGGGGAGGCAUCGCAAACCGAAGAAGCCAUCAUUCUAAGCAGGAAGAAGCUAUUCGAAAAGAGAUUCGAGAUUGAGCCAGAUACCUCCACGUUCUGGCCUCCAAUGGAUGUGAAGUUCUGCUUCGUCUCCCGUGAUGAUCAAGUAUCCAUCAAGAACCUGAUACACGUGACAAUGAGAUCUCUCGAACAUACUGCUAUAUCUGAGGCAAUGUGUGCUGCUCAGGUCUCGGACAUUGAGGCAAAAGUAGCUUUGGCCGUCAGAAAGACGCUACGCAUACUCAAGUCGGUCGUCGUAGCAGCGUCAGCGGGAUUUGGGACAGGGGUCGUAUCGGCAGUCACAACGCCAACUAUUUCCCGCGUUCUCUGCCGCGAGAUUGCGCAGGGUUGUUUCGGCCUACCGAAAAGGAUUAUCGAAGACAUGGAUGAGAUACUGGCAAAAGUAGUGUGGAGAAACCUAGCGCCUUUUAUGGCUCAGGCCGUUGGGCAGUCCAUCUUCGUCUGCGGUGGCGCCGUUUGCCUGACUUUGUUUACACUUGUUGGCGGCAUACCCCUGGCAGCUGGGGCGCUGCUGUUCGAAGCGCCGGCAGCCGCGCGGAUGCUUCUUAAAUGCGCAUGCGAUUUGAUACUUGUCCUCGAAAGCGCGUAUAGAAGUGGUGGAAAGACGAUGAGUAGCAAAAGAGUCGAGCAGGCAGCCACGACUUAUGCGAAAAGCAAUUUCACGGUCAUCAGAAACGGUGUCUCGGUCACCAAGUCUCGAAGGGGCGCAGUUCAUCAAGCUGUCAACGAUAUAGUCCCCAUGUUUUCAGCUCUGGCUAUCAAAGCGUUUCUAAGUGAGUCGACGGAGAAGCUCGAGCGUGGUCUUCAAGAUAUUCUCGUGCGACACAGGCUGGACGAAGUCUUGAGUAAAGUUUCUGAUUCAGACAGCGACGAAGCCCGAGGGAAUAUUAUAGGUAUUCCUGAGGACGAGGAUGACAUGAGGGAGUUCAAGCGCGGCCUUUAG